UGUAAAUACGGCUAUUAUCAAUGUUCCAAAGUGAAAUGAAAUGACACUGAUUUAAAUAAAAUUUUAAAGAUUUAACACAAUGCCGUUGAAAAAUUUGACUGAUGUUUCGGCAUCUGCAAAAGAAUUUGUUCAAGACCACAAGAUUGCAAUAGCAUGUACAGUUACUACAGCAUGUGGAUUAAUUGCUUUGAAAAGAUACAUGGCUGGUGGUGUAUGCAGGAGUAAAGCUCUCAUGAAUGGUAAAACAGUGCUUAUAACAGGUGCUAAUACAGGUAUAGGCAAGGAAACUGCUAAAGAUCUAGCUAGCAGAGGAGCACGAGUUUUACUUGCAUGUCGUGACAUAACUAAAGCCGAAAGAGCAGCAGAAGAUAUCCGAAAAUCAACAGGCAAUAAAGAUGUUGUUGUGUAUGUUCUAGACCUUUGUUCAUUAAAAUCUGUCCGUCAGUGUGCCGAUGAUGUUAUUAAAAAGGAGGCACGGCUUGAUGUUCUCAUUAAUAAUGCAGGUGUGAUGUGGACACCUUAUUGGAAGACAAAAGAUGGCUUUGAGAUGCAAUUUGGUACAAACCAUCUAGGACAUUUUUUAUUUACAAACCUAUUACUGGAUUUGUUGAAGAAAUCAGCACCUAGUAGAAUUAUAAAUGUCUCUUCCCUGGCACAUGAAAGAGGAACCAUUAACUUUGAUGAUUUAAAUUCAGAGAAGUCGUAUUCACCAGCUAAAGCAUAUUCUCAGAGUAAAUUAGCCAAUGUUCUCUUUACCAGGGAACUGAGUAAACGUUUACAAGGGACGGGUGUUACUGCCAAUUCUCUCCACCCAGGUGUAAUCAAAACUGAACUUGGUCGCUAUAGGGAUACAACAUUGUGGCGUAGAAUUUUAUUUGUCCCUGUGAUUUUAUUAGUCUUCAAAACUCCAAUACAGGGUGCACAAACUACAAUUCACUGUGCUGUUUCUAAAGAUCUCACUGAUGUGUCUGGAAAAUAUUUCAGUGAUUGUGUUGUCAAGGUAGAAGCUCCACAAGCACAUGAUGAUGAAGCUGCAGCUAAACUUUGGACAGUCUCUGAGGAAAUGGUCGGACUGACUCAAAAAUCAUAAUAUGAAAUUACAACAAUAACACCUAUAUAACACUUACCUUGUUAUAUAUGUGUAAUAGAUCUACCCUGCCUUGAUAUUUGAACUGUCCAUUUGAAGUUAAAGAGAUUACAAGUAAAAACUUUAGAGUCUGGUCUAUCCUGGCUGUAUACUGGUGACAAAAGCUUAACAUUAUUCAAAUACCAGUAAGUUAAACAAAUAUAAAAAAUUUAGAUAUUUUGAAAGAAGACUUUUGUGGUUCGAUCAACAUCAAGAAGAAUUUGGGCAGUUUUGUUUUGAAAUUAUGAUCACAUUGUGCCUAGGUACCUGAUAUUUGUUAUUUAUAUAAGAUUUAGAUAAUCAUGUUGAUUUGUACUGAUUAACUUUUUCCCUAAUUUACUUCACAAGUCUAUUGUUAAGUUUUGUUUGUAGCAUUUUUUUAGAUGCAUAUAUACAUAUAUGAUAUUUUGCUGUUGUUUUUGGUAUAUAUUUAUAUCAGUAUUUAAUUUAUUGUUUAUUUUUUACCUGACUUGUGUAAUUCAUAAUAA